AUGGUGCGGCCGCUGGCGCUGGCGGUGCGGACCAUGGGAGGCCCCAUCAUGGGUCAGUUCAAAUACCUCGGAGGCGCGCGAGCAGGGGAUGGAACUAUCUAUGGCAUUCCGGGCCACGCGAAACGGGUGCUGCGAAUCACGCCUUCCACGGGGGAGAUCCGGCACAUUGGACCCAGGCUGGAUGGCAAGUUCAAGUGGUUGCGGGGCGUGCUGGCCGGCGACGGCUGCAUCUACGGCAUACCCUCCCACGCCGACACGGUGCUGAAGAUCGUGCCGAGCACAGGGGAAGUCCUGCAGCUCGGCAGAGUGCCAGCAGGCAGGUGGAAGUGGCACGGUGGUGUGUUAGGCACGGAUGGCGCGAUCUAUGGCAUCCCUUGCAAUGCUCGAGGGGUGCUGAAGAUCAUCCCGGAGACCGGCGAGGUGACGAUUCUGGGAGACCUUCCCGAGGGCCCCAACAAGUGGUACGGUGGGCUGCCAGGCAACGAUGGCUGCAUCUAUGGCAUACCGUACAAUGCGCGGCAGGUAUUGAAGAUCGUCCCGGAGACCGGCGAGGUCUCAACACUGGGUUCCCUCCCCAAGGGCAACUGGAAGUGGCACGGUGGCGUCGUGGGCCCCGACGGCGCUGUGUACGGCAUCCCCUCUCAUGCCCGCAGCGUGCUGAAAAUCGUCCCGAAGACAGGCGAAGUGUCGUUAUUGGGGGACUUCUCCGAGAUGCCCUACAAGUGGGGUGGCGGCGCUGCGGGAGACAGCGCCGUGUACGGCUUCCCGAGCAACCAUGACGCGGUGUUGAAAAUCGACACCGCGACCGAGGAGGUGUCCCUGCUGGACGGGUUCCGCCAACCUGGCAACUCCAAGUGGCAGGGAGGAAUGCGCGCCAAAGAUGGUGCGAUCUAUGCAGUGCCUGACCGCGCGAAGGCGGUGCUGCGCCUUUCGCCCGACGAGGACCGCGCCGAGGUGGUCGGCGGCCCAUUCGAAGGAUGGUUCAAGUGGCAGGGGGCUGUCAUGGCCGAGGAUGGAAGCAUCUAUGGGCUGCCCAACCGCGCCAAGACGGUGCUCCAGAUCUGUCCCGAGUGA